AUGUCGCACGGAAAUAACUCGUCAGCCGUUUUCGUUCUGCUCGGCUUUCUUUUAUUCGUCAAUUCUUGUAAGUUUCAGGUUACUUUAUCGUUUAAGAAAAAUCAAGUUUUGGUUGAAAAUUGCUCUGCUAUUUCAGGUUACGGUUUCGAGCCAGUGGGCCAACUUCCGCAGACUUGCUCCGAAGACGAGAUCGCUCAAAAAGCUUGCCAAUGCUGCAAACAGGAUUGUUGGUACGGAGUCGUUGAGGUGGGAACAUUUCGAAGUUUGGAAGCAGAAAGUUCUGAAAAACUUCGAUUAGUUUUAAGGAUUUCACUGAAACCUUAAAAAGGACAUUCUGGUCAAUUUUCAUUUAAAUUUAAGCAGGACUUGGAAGGACUUCCAACUCUGAAAAAAAUUGUAUCCUUUUCUUAAACUUCACAGCAGUCCUCUCUAGCUUCUGCAUAGCUUAUUAUUACCGCUGUGCAAACUUAGAAACGUCAUGUUUCUAUGGGAAAACUUUUUGGGUUAGAAUCAGGUGUUUCAAAGGGCAUCUUGAAAAACUUCAAGUCGAUCUAUUCAGCUAGAUUUUCAACUGAAAAAUCCAAAAAAAAAACGUUUUUGAGUGUUUUCUAAAAAGCGUUCAAAAGUUCCUUUUUUCAAACAGCAGACCAGUUAUUUUUAGCUCAACCUUUUCUAAGAGCUUCUAAUUCUGUUCUUAAAGUUCUUCCUCACGCUUGAGCAAUUAACGUCAAAUACAACUAUUUCCGGCAUAAACAACUGCUGAGAGACCAGUAUCUUGUUGUCUACUGCAUUUGACAUUGAAAAAUGGCUGGAAUAGAGAAAUAAAGCAUUUCGACGGCUUUACAAGUGAUGUUUAAAAAGAAGGAUUGAAAAAAAUGAUUAUAUUUGUCUUCAAAAGGUAUAAUUAAAGCAGAGAAAAGUGACGUUUUUCAUGAUGCCAGAAGAAAUGGUAAAAAAAUUUAUGAGGCUUUUGAGUCUCAAAAACUUACUUUUUUUGUCCUGAAACUCGAGCUCUGAAAGUUUGACUAUGAUAAAAAAAAUUCCUAAAACCACUAAGAAAAACUUUUUUGGUUCUUUUCAAAGCUUCGUUGAGUUUUAGGUCUAGUAAUACUAUCCAGUAUUAUAAAGUUUAUAAGUAGCCUAGAAAGAUUUACCCGAAGCUUCAAUUUAAAAAAUUAGGAACCCCUCAAGUUCAGUUUUUCUCAGAAUCCGAUCUUGGAAGGAUUUUCAAGUUUUAAAUAUUUUUCUCAAGGCUUUUAAAAACUUAAAUGAAUCGGUAACCACGCAUUGUUCAUUCAUUGAUAUCUUGAGAGUUAUCUAGUGAGGCUUUUCAGUUGAUCAGCUAAACAGUUGGUUGAAAAAAGUAGCACGGGAGCUUCUUGAUAGUUUUACAAUUCUUUUUUUCAGUUUGCCACGAAUCUGCUGCAACACAUGCCAGGCGAAGGCGGCCAGCAGGAAUCCCUCGACACUCUGAGGCUCACCCGGAAGUGCAUCGUAUCCGAAUGUGCCGAACAUUGUCCGAACAUCUUCAAAAGCAAAUAA